AUGGCACUGAAACGCACUGAGGAAGAGGAAGGGGUUUUUGAAGAUUUGGGUAUAACUGAUGAAGACAUGGAAAAAUCCUACUUGGCUGCAUUCCUUGCUUGCUGGUUGUGCAAAUUUGUAUUUCCCAAAGACGAUGUCACUUUGAUCAGACCAGGGGUUUUCAAAGUUGCCAGUCGAAUGGCACACGGUGUAUCUAGUGUAGAUGUUCCAGUAUUGGCCAACAUUUACAAGGGGCUGCAAGAUAUUUCUAGUGCAGAUGAUCCAGGAAAUUGCACAACUGUUCUACCUUUCCAUUAUGUGUAUGGGUGGUUGGGCGAAUACUUCGACACACACUUCACAUCAUCUUCCAAGAAGUCCAUUCCUAUCAUGGCAAGGUUCUCAGGAAGACUUUCGGCGAAAUUUUUUGAAGACUCAAUAGCUCGAGCUUUGUUCCGGACUUAUGGUAAAGUGGAAAUGAGUCAUCUGGCAAGAGUAUUUUCAGAAUGCAAACAACUGACUGAUGAAGAUCAUAUUUCUAAAGAAGACUUUGAGUAUUUGAUAUGUCUUCGUUCGAGAUUCGUUUCUCUACGACAAGAAAACUACGGAGUCAUCCAACCUUAUAGCUCACACCGGUUCAGCAGACAAUUUUGUUAUGUACAACAUGUGCCAAGAGAACUUAAAGAUGACGUCCGGAAUGGGACUAUUGGCAGUGCAUCUACAAUAACCCUACCCACUAAGGACAAUAUCCGGGAGUUUGAGGUCACAUUCGAUUAUGUUAUUUGGUGGUCGAAGGUUCAUCGCUUUGACUUGACGAAAUCAAAGACAAUUUCAAUUGUAGGCAAGUCGUCGUCGCUUUCUCAGCCAAAAUCUUUUAAGUCUCAAGGCAACGAAACUUUAGCUCAUGAUAAACUCACCCGUGGUAGAGCGCUCCAAGUUCAUCCAGAAGUUGAAGGUAGUUAUACUACUCCUGUGCCUCGAGUUCAACAGCCACUUCCAGUUGAUGAAGAUUUCAUUCCCCUUGGUCGACGAAUUCGCCGUUUGAAGCGAGGGCAUAUAAGCAACAAUGAAGACAGUGAAGUGAACUUUAGGCAUAAGAAGACAAGCGUCGAACCUUUUUAUUGCGAUCUAGACACGACAUACCCACUUGAUGACACAUUCUUUUGUGAUGUACCCGCUAUUUCACAACCAGUUCUAAAGAACGAGGGAGAAGUAGUACAUCAUGUUCCUACUAUGUUCGAGCUCGUGUCAUUCAACCAUUUGCCUAUCGAAGGAGAAAAUGAUACUUUGCACCUGAUAAGUGGUUGA